UUUUUAUUUUUUUGAGUAGAUUCGUCUUCCACAGUUACGCGACACCAAUGAUGGAGGAACAAGAUGAGUCCCGCGGGCCAGCCCAUUGACUGAUGAGUCGUCGCAACAGACAAGUACGGAUUCUGAAAAAGGAAAAAGAGACAUGUGUUGGAGAGGAUCCAAGGCCCUUUAUAUUCCAAGGAAGCUGCUCAGCCCAUUCAGUGAAGCCAGAUUACACUAGUGCAAUAGGUUUUUUCUCUUGAGCGGAGGUGCUAAAGGGGUCAAUGGCUGGCGGUGAGCACCAGAUGAGUGCUGGUGGCGCCGGCCAAGGCAAGGUCGCCGCGCCGGAGAAGUGGCUGAAUCGCUUUGUUCGUGCCGUCGUGCUGAUCGAGAGAGUGGGCAACGCGCUUGGCACACUGGCAUUCACAUGGGCCACCGUCGUCCUGCUCGGCGGCUACGCCAGCAAGCUCAGCUCAGAUGAAGAUUUUCCGUCCGCGACGGCUAUAUUUUUCAUAGAGGCCGCAAGGAUGUUCACCCGCGACAACAACAGACUGGAUUAUCAAGUGUUCUUCAAUACCCGAGGAGCUUUUAAGCCUCUUGGCUGGAGUGGACCGAUUGUGAUUGCAUGCUUUUCUGGUGUUCUGGAAAUACUCUGGAAGGAGGACUUGUUGGACACUUGGGUGCUCUUAUUGAUGGUAUUACUACUUGCACUUGGCCGGUUAAUAGCUGCUUUGUCUCCAAGAGCUCUGAAACUACUCAUACGCACUCCGAUGUGCCGCGCCGCAUCAGUAUGGAGCCCAUUAGUUGCAAUCGUAUUGCUAGCCCUCUCUAUAAAAGAAUCCAACGACCACUCGAUGAUUGAAUGGGCAGUGUUCCUAGUACUUCUUGUGGCAGUCCUCGUUGCAACAAUAAGCAAUCUGCGCUUCACAAGAAUCAGUAAAGUAGUCGACAGUGUUCUAGGCAGCAAACAAGAAUUUUGGCGCCACGUUGUUAUAAAUGUGUGCAUGAUUGCUGUUCUAUGUAUGCUGGGGUUCAUGCUUGAUGGUAUGAUGCUCACAAUCCAAUUAUGUGCACUAUUGGUAGUGUCAUUUGGAAACUUUCAGAUUCCAGCAGCAGUUGUGCGCGUCAUUCUAGCAUUAGAUGGACUACUAGAUGAUAGCGAGUCUGCUGCAUAUAAUGAAAGUGUGGAUGGCCAAAAAAACAUUAAAGCGUCUCUAAGAAUCUUCUAUGGGAUGGUGCUUGGACAAGGAAUACUCUAUGGCGUGGCCUGCAUGCUAGAGUUCUUUUCUUUCAUCCCUCGAAGAUCCCUUGUCCGCCGUGGUGGAUUUAAUGGUCACUGGGGAGUGGAAUCUGUCAAUAUGUAUUAUGCAUAUGCGUCAGACAAAUGCAUGCAAGGGGGUGUUCUUGCUCCCAAGAAGAUCAGCCUCAGCAGCUUUGCCAUGGACUCGGUGAGCUCGAACUCAUGCAAGAAUCAGCUCUACGGGAUACGAACGAUGCACAGCUUUCUACAAAGUGAGCCAACCAAGGGACAGCUCCUUUCAAAACUCACCACUUCUACGAAGACGAUGACCAGAAUAAUCGGAAUGUUGGGUUGGACAAGUCCAAAGGAUACAACUAUCAGAUUAUAUGCCGCAAAGGUCAUGGUAGAACUUGGAAAGAACCUUCGUGUUGUCACUAUCCCUGGUACAAUGCAGCUUGUAUCGGCACUGCUUGAUGCUGAAAGCAGACUGAAAAGAGGAAAUCCACUCCUAGACACAGAUGAUAAACACGAAGAAAGACAUGAUCCAGUUCACAACACAGAAGAUGAUCAAGAGGCAGUUGACAGCCAAUUGCAGAUAGAAGGCCAACUUCUGGACAUCGAAAAUAUGUUGGAAACACAAACCAGCUCAACUCAACAAGUUGGCAUCCACGAACAGAACUCCUGCGUACUCAGAUGUUGGCAGCGCAUUUCAGAAUUCUGGUCAAUACCCAAGGAGCAGCUGCUGACAGACCAUGAUCUUCUACCUGCACUGGCCAUGUCAAUUGUAGAGAGUCUUGCUGGUUGUGAUCAGGACAACUGUGUGGAGAUCAGCAAAUCAGCUGACCUUAUCCCGAAGAUAAUAGGAUUCAUAAGCUACAGAAGUGACACAAUUAAAACGGAGGCACAACAGAAGAUCCUGCUGGCCGGGGCAACGCCUCCUUUUCGAAAAAAACAGAAGAUCAUGCCGGAGUCAUCACUGAAGGUGCUCCAAAGACUCACAAGCAUUGGCAGGGAAAUUGGCAUCACACUGCGGUACAAGAUAUCAAAACACCCAUUCAUAUUGAGUAACCUCUCAGACAUCCUUGGAGACAACACGAGCAGCCAGGAAUCGAGGAAGUUGGUGGCGGGAAUCCUCAGAAACAUUGCCGUUGAUGAGAAAGCAAGGCAGGACAUUGGCCGCUUCCAACUGAUCAUUACCAGACUGGUGCAGGCAUUUCUCAAUGCAGAAGGCAUCACAAGUACCGAUGCUAGUUACUUGCUAAGAAAGGUCUCCGGGCAAGCGCUGGCAAUGCUGACAAUAGAAAGUGUCCAAAACUGCUUGGUUAUAUUGAAGGAACCAGAGUUCAUGAAGAAACUCAAAACUAUGAUCCUGAUCCAUGAUAAAAAGUACAUAUAUGUGGUGGCAACCCUGAUGCGUAAUCUGUGCCUGCACGCUCGAUCCGAGCUCAGAGAGUCAGACCUGAAGGAGCUAUCUUAUACCUUGCGAGAGGUGUUGGAAAGAAUAAUGGAUGCGGAUGGGGCAGAACUGGAGAUCCUGAUUGGGCUUACUUCACAGAUAUGUAAAGUUAUUCCUGAAGACUUUACCCGAGAACUAGACAAUGAUCAGAUUAAGCAGAGAUUUCUGAAGAGGCUUGUCGACACAGUGAAUGCAAAUAUGAAGCCUAGCGCUCAUUGUCCUGGGAUCAGGAGGGUUAUACUUGAGCAAUUCAUACACUUGAUGGAGUUCAAUUCUCGCUAUGCAGAUUGCUUCACAGAAAUCAGGAUACCGGAAGUACUAUCAAGGGUUGAACAAACACCAUCAGAGGCUGAGAACUACAGGUUCUUCUUAGGUGAUGAAGGCUUUAUGAAGUACAUUACGCCUCUCUCUGAACUUGUGGCAAGAGCAAAAGAACUUAUGGGUUGUGACUGACCACGAGGAUUAAUACAUGGUGUAGUAGGAUUUCUUGAAUGAACUAAAAAACCGUUUGGACAGAUAAUAGUUUUAUCUGCAAUUUAUUUGUCUGUGCCUUGCCACCACUAUUAGUUUAAAUGCUUCUUCAUUUGUCUUCAAA